AGAAGCUUUUCUUCAGAAUCUUGAGAUAUGUUUAUUUUCCAGAAUCCUAAACAAUCCAAUAGAAUUCUGAGCAACAAAACGUAGAUAUACAGAUAAGGAUUCCUUCGGAAUGCUGAGAUAGAUUUUAUCGAAAUGCUAAAAAGAGUCUUUAAAAAGUUUCGAAUAGAAUCCAAGGAAGGACUACUUCAGAAUCCAAAGCAGAGCUCCGACAGAAUUAUAAGAUACAUGGUAAGUCAGAAUCCUAUGCGAGUAUCAGAAACCGUCUUCAGAGUAAACGAUUUUAAAUGACAUUUUCUGCGUUGAAAAGAUAAUAUAAAACCUGCAUGGAGGUGGCUUGAACCCCCUAAACCAGUCCUGGUGCACGGUUCUGAUUGGAGUGAUACCCGCAGAGUAUAGCUUGAAACGGUUCCAAGAUCCCAUUUUCCAGCAAAUAUCCUACCGUAAAACUUCCACCAUAAUUUUCUUGACAUACUGAUUCCACAGUAAUACACUGUGCACUUUACUCCCAGGUAUUUUGUGUCUUCGAUAGUACGUCUAGACACACUUUCAGUCUGGUGAAAAGUUUUUGUUACAGAUCUUAUCUGGUAGCUAGCGGCAGCUCAGCUGGAUCAUACAACAAGCGUGUGUUUACUAUUGUAAGGUGAAAGCUUCCACCGCAGAUUGUAGAAGAUAAUUCAAGAUGAUGUUGCCAUGCAUGUGAGUUUUUGAUGUUUUGAAUUACGAUGUGUGUUCAAAGAUAUAAGAACGCGAGGGAUAUGAAUAGAGACUGAUACCUGGAACAGUUGGGAAUCUUUUAACCUGGAGGUAGUCAAUUUCAAAUUAAUUAAACAAAACACAAUUACUAUUGAAGGGAAAUCGAAUUGAUCUUAACUUAUGAACAUGAACAUUUCGAAUAAUACUUUCAAAUCUUCUUGGCCUUGUAAUCUGAAAGAUUUUCUUCAAACAAAUUAAACAAUACCAAGUUCAAAUAGGGUCAACAGAAACCAAACUCUAUUCUGUACAUAUCCGUAAAUCCAACACACAGUCACUCGUUCUAACAUCCUAUCUGUAUGCGCCUUUCAGUAGGAAUCUAUCUGGAAACAAGAUCAGCAAGAAAUUUUGAUUGGGAAUCAAACUAGUUCCCAACCAACCAUGGAAAGUUCCAACGAUAAAACAUCAGGUGUAUCCAACUCGGUAACUUUCGACGAUGCCCUCUCGUUGACAAAGUUCGGCCAACUGAACUACGUUCUAAUCAUCAUAGCGGGGACAAUUCUUACAGCAUUCCUGCUUGAAACUCUAGGAAUCAGCUACGUCAUCGCGGUGGCCGAGUGUGACCUACAGUUGUCUACCAAGGAGAAGGGAGUGCUCAGUGGGAUAGCUUUCGUGGGAGUUAUCAUCAGUUCACACCUAUGGGGAUUUCUAGCGGAUACUAUGGGCCGCCGGAAGGUGAUUGUUCCCACGCUUUGUUUGACGUUCGGGACAACUGCUUUGUCCAGUUUCGCCACAGGCUUUUGGUCGAUCGUCAUUUUACGUUUCUUUGCCGGCUUCUUUGUUUCCGGUUCAUCGGCAACCAUCUACGCGUAUCUUGGCGAGUUUCACAACCACCGCAACCGAUCUCGUGCCAUUAUGGGUGCUUCGUUCGUCUUCGGAAUAGGUUGUCUGCUACUACCAGCGAUAGCUUACGUCGUAAUAAAUCGGGAGUGGGCGCUUGUUGUGCCGGUGCUGAACAUUGUCUACCGUCCGUGGCGAUUGUUUCUCGUCGUUUGCAGUCUGCCAUGUCUGGUUAGUGGUCUAGCAUUGCUUUGGCUACCGGAGAGUCCUAAGUUUAUGCUACAUCAGGGUGAUAUGAAAGCAGCGAUCGACACCAUCCAGUGGAUGCAUCGUGUCAACUGUGGUAAAACAGUUUCGCCACUUUUCAUUGAUUUAAUUCUCGCGGAUGAGGAGGACAAACAAUUCGAGGAACGUCGAGCUGUGCUAAGCAGCUCCAAAGGUUUCAGUGCUAUGAUGAAACUGGUUUGGGAUCAAACUGCUCCUCUCUUUCGGAAACCUUACCUGAACAUAACAGCGAUUGUGUGCUUUCUUCAAUUCGGAACAUAUUUCACCUCGCAUGGGCUAUACAUGUUCUUUCCGGAGAUUCUGAACCAAUUGGUAGAAUCACAUGCUGCUGGUGUUGACCGGACCACCGUGUGCAAUGUGGUUUAUACGCAAAAUAGGCUGAUCAAUUCGGAGGUUGUCGGUGAUCAAAGCUGCACACCACAGAUGCUGAAUGCUACCACAUACGGACUUUCGUUCAUACUUGAGGUGAUUUACGCACUGGGGUUCGCAGUGAUAGGUGUGCUCAUCAACGUGGUGGGGAAGCUAUCGAUUUUGGUGUUCGUUUUCGUGGGUUGUGGUUUAUCCGGAGCAUUGAUGGUUGUAGUGGAUACGCCUGUUGGUGGUAUGUCACUUUACAUGAUACUGGUGAUGGCAGGGUUUGGUGGAAGUGUGGUUACUGCCGCCACUGUAGAUCUGUUUCCAACAAAUUUAAGAGCAAUGGCUGUCUGUAUCGCGCUAAUGUUCGGCCGACUUGGAGGGGUAGUCGGGGCAAACAUGCUCGGAAUGUUGCUGGACACUCACUGUGAGUGGAGUUUUGGGAUGUCAGGUGCUAUCCUUAUGAUCUGUACUGUGCUGUCAUUCUUCAUACCGAACAUCAAUGUUUGCACGCGGGGGAACGAACCCCUACCGACACUGUCAUCGAAACCAGAAAGCUGCGACGAAGUAGGUUACGUGACUCGCAAAUCACAUCCAACCUGUGAAUCUGUUGAAAAUAUUCAAUAAAAGAUUUGAUCAACACUUGUUUUUGGACACAUUUUAUUUCGUAGAAACUCAGAUCCAGGAACCCUACUUCCAGAAUUUAUUUUUAUUCAUUGAUUAUAAAAAUAUUCGACAUGCUUUCUUUCAUAUCAGGCUAAUGGAACUGUAGCGUAUUACUAGAUAGUUUUUCGUCCGUCCAGCUAAAAUCCCGGAGUUUAUUUCUCUCCUGAAACCGUUGCUCGCUGUUCAUCACGCCAUUUUCGCUGUAAGGCGGUCAUGACCUGCGUCACCAGUCUGUUGACCGCGUUCCACGUGUUUAUGUCGCUUGUCAUUCUGUAGACGGCAUUAUUCGGGUUGAUAUCCGGUCCUCCCGUUUCAAGCAUCUCCCUGCGUGUCGCUUCGAACCUUACGCAUUCGAAGACCAUAUGCUCCGGUGUUUCCCCGACGUUUAUGCACUCCGGACAAAAGGGUGACACCGAGUGUCCGAACCGAUGUAGGUACUGUUCACUAUGCCUCCUAUUUACCCAGGUCGAGAGAACCGGUAUGAAUCUUCGAGUCCACCUUCCUUAUAUCGGCCCCCGAGUCAACUCUCAGUGGUUUCCGUAUUCCCCUGGUCUCGUUCCGCUUAUAGCAUUCGUUAACUUCCACUAGGAUGACGCCGAUCGGGAUCAUUCCAGCGAUAACACAGACUGAGUGAGAUAGUCCUGUACGCGCUUGCGACCCGCAUGGCCACGAGCCUGAACGUACUACUCAGCUUUACUCCAUUCCGCUGUCUACAGCGCCGCAACACAGACAGUGCCUCUGUACCUCAGUAUCGAUUUUGAUACAUUAGCCAGAAGACGCCUGCUUGGCCCGGUGUUCGGCAUAAUUAUGGCUAAAGCAUUUAUAGCUUGUGUUGGAAUUCAGUCGAAACUGCGACAUCCAUCAUUACGCCCAGCUAUUUCAGUGCCCGCUUAGAAACUGCGACAUGGUUUUCAGGGAGCGAAUUAUCAUUUAAGCAAAAUACUCGCCUGAGAAGGAAGUUCGAAAGACCCCCUCACGAACUUCAAACGCAGGACCAGGACGACUAAACUGACAGUAUGGUCGACAUUAACACCAGAAAGGCGGGACAGGAUUGUCAAUGUCCACCUAACUUACUUAUACAGUAUUACGCUUGCAAAAUUCGCUACAAAAGGACAGUAUGCAUUUCUAGACGACAGAGAACUUCGGUGGGAUGCUUCCUAAUGCGGAUGAAGCAAUACUACCUUUAUUUUUGCGUUCCUUUGCCACCAGUAAAAGGAUUAGACGACAUGGUAAAGCACAUAUCUGCGACUAAAAUUAGGAACGCGCAAUUUGAGUAAAUUCAUUCUGCAUAUGCGGAGCCUACCAUGUUACCAUGAGCCUACCAAAUCUGUGAUAAUCACAUGUGAAUUAACUCAUUCCAUAGCCAGUGAAUUUGACUUACCUGAAUCGAUUCCAUAUUGGUGAUAUUUACUCGCAGAAUAUUAAGUUUGAAUUCCUGCAAGUAAAAAGAAAGAAAUAUUAAAUGAAACACUCUCCAC